CUUUUUCAAUCCUUUUCUCACCAGGAACAUCCACCUCCAUCAAUCCAUCUGUAUUUAUGUAAACCACCUCAAAAUACUUUACGGGCUGAGUAGUCCGGGCUCAUGACAUGAUCAGCUUACCGAAGUCUAGCGGGAGAGCUCAUCAUUGCAAACGGUUCUUCUUAUGUCCUUCCUCAAGCGCGGAGCCGUAAAAUCGCUCUGCGCACGAAUCCCUCGAAGCGCGACUUAAAGAAAUUCGAAUAUGAGCACUACGACUUGUGCAAUCGUUCUAUCCUCCGGUUCCAGCUUCGUCCGUGAAAAGUUUCUUCACACACUAGAGUUGAGAUCCGGGAUCCAAGAGUCGGCAGGCAACUUUCCGGCCUGGAGAGACUUGAUAUGAUUACGAAUCGUGCCAAUUUUUACAACUACUUGCUCGUGCCAUUAUACGUAUGUAUACGUGAUUCCAUCGUCUAAUCGAUAGAUAAUCUAAUUGUCGUCCAUGAUAACAAAACAAUGUUUUGACGCCAAUGCCAACGUUAUCAGCUAAUCAAGCUAUGUAACUAUGGAUAGAUGUCAUUUAAAAAAUGGAUACUCCGUGGAAAGUGCGAACUUUCGAGCAGUUCCGCGAGGAUUUUCCACGAUGGUUGAUUAACGUACGGAACCCGGUAGAUCUCUUUACCCUCCAGCCGAGUUACAUCGUCAGUCAAGUUUUCUGCAUCGUGGGCGCAUUUGUAUGCUUAGGACAUGCAUUAUACCGGAGAGGACGGUGGCCUUACCUGUGGUUUGCCAGUGUCCUCAGUGGAACGUUAGUCGAAAGCUUUCUGUAUCUAUACCCGCACAGUGAAACAAUCUGGCACGGCCCAACAAUGAUCGACCUGUUUGGCCAACGGAUUCCCAUAUACUUAUUAUUCGUCUAUCCAUUUUUCUACUAUCAAGCAUUUUGGGCCGUUUCGAAGCUACGGCUCAAGUGCCGCUGGUCCGAACAUAUCGCCGUCGGAAUGCUUGUCGUGCUGUUCGACCUGCCCUUCGACAUGGUCAGCAUCAAGUACCUUCAUUGGACGCUACACGAAACGGAACCGCUGCUGAGCGAAAGAAUCUACUCCGUACCCUGGACCUUGCUACUCUUCUUCGCAGUGACCACAUUUACAUUCUCUUACCUUUUCCACAAUAUGCGCAAAUGGAUGAACCCUGCAACACACAACAACCGUUGGGCAGCUGGACCGAUCCGCACGGAACUUGUGGCAGCAAUUGGAGCGGCCAGCAUUUCGCUGUCCAUUGGAUCGGCCUUGUUCCUGGCGUUCAACUAUCCGCUACACACCGUCCUUGGGAUUCCGAAGAAAGUCAUCGUCAUCGGUGUGUUCCUCGGUGCUUUGACGAUCUUCUGGAAGUUUGAUCGAAAAAGUAAUCGAAGUGGACCCUCCAGCCAAUCGUUCCUGGAUCACCUUCUGAACGGAUAUAUUGUGGGACACUUUCUGCUUUAUCUGGGACUGGCAAUAGCACUCAAUCCCCGAGACGUCGUAUCGUCCGGAAGACAUCAACCGAUCGGAAACUGUCGCAAUGCUUCCUCGCCGAACACAGAUCUGUGCUUGGAUUCGUUCAACAGCAGCUACUACGAUUUCCAUUGCGUUGCCAUGCCUCCUCAGGAAGGAGCCUACUGGUAUACGAUCUGUGGCACAUCGUACGAGAAUCACCCUGAAUUCUUGUAUGUAAUGAUUGUAAUUACGUUCGUGGCCACACUCAUACACUGGACGAUUCACUAUGACUUCCCACCCGAGCCAGCCGAACUGAUACUGCUCUGAGUAAGAUUCCAGUCGACGCUACUGAAGUAAAUAUUUUAUAUAAAUUAUAUGUAACAUUCGAAGCCUUCUUCAAAGUUUACAAAAAGUGACGAGCUCUGUCCGUUGAUUGCUCCGUCCUCAAUAGGAA